AUACAGAAGCUUCUGGGUCAAUUUAACUCAUUCGAACAAGGCAACUAAAAUUGGACGUUAACGAUUCUCUCUCACUUCGAUUGAUCGUUUUCAAUCACAGUUGUCUAAUCGAAGCGAAAAUUUACGAAGGAGAUCCGAAGCCAGGCGGUUCUUUUGAGCUUUGCGUUUCCAUGUCGUCCCCUGCUGAAUUUUACUACUCUCUUCCACCCAUAAGCAAGGCUUAUGGGACGUUAUGUGUGCUAUUUACUGUAGCCUAUCAGAUUGGACUAUACGAUCCAAGGAGUAUCGCAUUGAUAUAUGAAUAUGUGUUCUUCGACUUUCAGGUAUGGAGGCUCAUUACGAAUUUCUUUUUCCUCGGUGGAUUCUCUGUCAAUUUUGGAAUUCGGUUGUUGAUGAUUGCAAGAUAUGGUGUUCAGUUGGAGAAAGGACCCUUUGAAAGGCGUACAGCUGAUUUCUUAUGGAUGAUGAUAUUUGGAUCAUUGACACUACUAGUAUUAUCUGCCAUCCCUAUGUUUCAGUCCUUUUUCUUGGGGAAAUCACUUGUCUUCAUGCUUGUUUAUGUCUGGAGUAGAGAAUUUCCAACUGCCAAUAUCAACAUAUAUGGCCUUGUGACCCUAAAAGCAUUUUAUCUACCAUGGGCAAUGCUUGCUUUGGAUGUUAUCUUUGGUUCUCCUCUUAUGCCAGAUCUGCUGGGAAUUAUUGCAGGACAUCUAUAUUACUUUUUGACAGUGCUGCACCCCCUUGCAACUGGAAAGAACCUACUGAAGACUCCAAUGUGGGUACGUAAACUUGUUGCGAGGUGGAGAAUAGGAGCUGUAGCUCAGACAAACACCCGUUCCCAACCCCAGCCUGACCCGGUCAGAAGUACUGGUGGUGCUUUCACAGGAAGAUCAUAUCGACUUGAUGGAUGAUUAUGCACCUGUUACACCCUGAGCCUGAAUUCAUAUGCCUCCUUUCAGUCUGCUCAGCAAUUUUUCCAUUGACACCCCAGAAAUUGUGUAGUAUAAAAUGACCCUCCUUUGUGGUGGCUUCCGGAAAAGGAUAAUUGAUCUGCAGAGAAACUUGGUUUCGGAGGGGCGGAGCUACGUUUUGAUUUCAACUUGUAACUAGAUUUUGGUGAAUUGCUUCAACCAUUACUUCUUGUGUUGUACUCUUCUUAGAAAAAACAAAGCAAAAUGAAUAGGCUAAUUUUUUCUCCAAAACUCAUGAAGCUGGAAUGCAAAGUAUGCACUAUAUUUGGCAU